UUGCAGGCACAGGGAGCAUGUGGAAGAGCCGUGUUCGUGUUGGCAGAGGAGGUUGGCUGCUGAGCCAGGGCGUUUCUACAGGAGGCCUGCCAGGCUGCCCGGAUCCCCACCUCACCGCCAUGGGCCACCCAAGCUGACCAGCCAGUUCCUGCUGGGAACUCCAGGCGCCAUCGGGGAGACCAUGUCCAGGCCCCCGGACCGCCUGCUGUGGCUGCUGAGGGGCGCCCCGAGCCAGCGGGGCUGUACCCUGUUCAUCAUCAGCUUCAAGUUCAUGUUUCUGGUCUCCAUCAUGAUCUACUGGCACAUCGUUGGGGAGCCCGGGAGCGGAGGACAGCUCUCUAACCUGCCCGUCAACAUCCCCUGCCCCCCCUUGGCGACCCCCAAACUGCCCUCCAGCCCCCCGCCUCCGGGCAACAUCUUCUUCCUGGAGACCUCCGACCGGACCAGCCCCAACUCCCUGUUCAUGUGCUCGGUGGAGUCGGCCGCCAGGGCCCACCCCGACGCCCGGGUGGUGGUCCUGAUGAAGGGGCUGCCCGGCGGCAACGCCUCGCUGCCGCGCCGCCUGGGCCUGUCGCUGCUGGGCUGCUUCCCCAACGUGCAGCUGCGCCCGCUGGACCUGCGGGCGCUGUUCCGGGACACGCCGCUGGCAGCCUGGUUCGCGGCCGCGCCGCGCCGCUGGGAGCCCUACCCGCUGCCGGUGCUGUCCGACGCCUCCCGCCUGGCGCUCAUGUGGAAGUUCGGCGGCAUCUACCUGGACACGGACUUCAUCGUGCUCAGGAGCCUGAGGAACCUCACCAACACGCUGGGCACCCAGUCCCGCUACGUCCUCAACGGCGCCUUCCUGGCCUUCGAGCGCCACCACGAGUUCAUGGCCCUGUGCAUGCGCGACUUCGUGGCCCACUACAAUGGCUGGGUCUGGGGCCACCAGGGCCCGCAGCUCCUCACCCGCGUCUUCAAGAAGUGGUGCUCCAUCCGCAGCCUGGCUGAGAGCCGCGCCUGCCGGGGCGUCACCACGCUGCCCUGCGAGGCCUUCUACCCCAUCCCCUGGCAGAACUGGAAGAAGUUCUUCGAGGAUAUCAGCCCCGAGGAGCUGCCCCGGCUGCUCAAUGCCACCUACGCCGUCCACGUGUGGAACAAGAAGAGCCAGGGCACGCGCCUCGAGGCCACGUCCGGGGUGCUGCUGGCCCAGCUCCACGCCCGCUACUGCCCCACGACACACGAGGCCAUGAAGAUGUACUUGUGA